UCGUGCGUUCCCGUUGGCUGCCCCCCAGGACAGCCUCCCUGAAACCGACCAAUAGCAGCCGCUCUGUAUGCAGCAAACCGCGCCCUCCCACUCUUAAAGAGCCCCCACGUCUUCAAUGGAGACUCAAUCCCCUCACCGAGUGCGCUCUCGCCACUGCUGCUUUUCAUCCAUCUGUCUCUUCUCUUUUAGUCUCUCUUUCUCUGUUCCGCCACUCCUCCGGUUUUUCCUCCCCUUGCACACUUGCUUCCUGUUUUUCUCUUUUCUUUUCUACCUCAGGUUCUUUUUUUCCCCCUUUAUCCUCUUUCUGUAUCAUCACUGAAUCCACUCUUCUUUUUUUCCCCACACGUACUGUACUCCUCCUGAGCCUGAGUGUGCAGCACCUGUGCCGACUGGAGUUUGUCCGGCCGAGCCACAAGGUUUUUUAUUUUAUUUUGUGUGCGCGCGUGUCUGUGUGUGUGUGUGUGUGUGAGUUGAACAGUGGAGGGAGAGGAGACAACACCCAGGAACACCUGACCAACAUUCUAUCAAGAUAUGUGGAGACUUAGGAACUGAUCUCCCCCGAGCUGUUUGUUUGUCUGUUUGUUUGUUUUUUAAUUGCAACUCCUGGAAUGCUUAACGUGGACUGAUGGAUGUUUCCGAACUGUGCAUCCCUGACCCUCUCUGCUACCACAACCAGUUGCUCACCAGAAUGCCCACAGAGGACCGACAUCUGUCCUCGAGCUGUGGUUCUUACGUCAAAACCGAGCCCUCCAGUCCUUCCUCCUCACUAGUCGACACCGGCAGUCACCACAGUCCCAGCGGCAACUCUGACGCCAGCGGCGGCUACAUCAACGGCAACGGCGGACGCUCACACGUCCUCGACUCCCCGCCAAUGUUCAACCCAGGCAUGCUCGCAGGCGGCGGCGCCUGCCUACGCCGCUACGAGGAGUGCUCCGGCGGCAUGGCGGACGACUCGCCAAUCAAGUGCGAGUACAUGCUCAAUGCCAUUCCCAAGCGGGUGUGCCUGGUGUGUGGCGACAUUGCCUCAGGGUACCACUAUGGGGUGGCUUCCUGUGAGGCCUGCAAAGCCUUUUUCAAAAGGACGAUACAAGGGAAUAUUGAGUACAGCUGUCCGGCCACCAAUGAAUGUGAGAUCACCAAAAGGAGACGCAAAUCGUGCCAGGCCUGCCGCUUCAUGAAAUGCCUUAAAGUCGGCAUGUUAAAAGAAGGUGUACGUCUGGACCGGGUGAGAGGCGGGCGACAGAAGUACAAACGGAGGUUGGACGCAGAGAACGGUGGCUACCUCGGCCUCACCAUCCCCCCUCCCGCCAAAAAGCCAUUGACGAAGAUCGUGUCCCAUCUGUUGGUGGUGGAGCCAGAGAAGAUCUAUGCCAUGCCUGAUCCCACCAUGCCUGACGGCGACAUCAAGGCCCUGACCACGCUGUGCGACUUGGCCGACCGCGAGCUGGUGGUCAUCAUCGGCUGGGCCAAACAUAUCCCAGGCUUUUCCACCCUCUCGCUGGCAGACCAGAUGAGUCUACUGCAGAGUGCCUGGAUGGAGAUCCUGGUGCUGAGCAUCGUGUUCCGCUCGCUGCCCUGCGAGGACGAGAUCGUGUACGCCGAGGACUACGUGGUGGACGAGGAGCAGGCGAGGAUCUCGGGCCUGCUGGACCUGCACGUCGCCAUCCUGCCACUGGUCCGACGCUACAAGAAGCUGCGCAUGGAGAAGGAGGAGUUUGUCACGCUCAAAGCCAUCGCCCUCGCCAACUCAGACUCCAUGCACAUAGAGAAUAUCGAGGCCGUCCAGAGGCUCCAGGAUUCUCUCCACGAGGCCCUGCAGGACUUUGAGGGCCCCCAGCACCCGGAGGACCCUCGGCGGGCGGGCAAGCUCCUAAUGACCCUGCCCCUGCUCCGUCAGACCGCCACCAAGGCGGUGCAGCACUUCUACAGCAUCAAAAUGCAGGGCAAGGUCCCCAUGCACAAACUGUUCCUGGAGAUGUUGGAGGCCAAGGCUUGACACCCGGGCCAGAUGUUUGACAGACAACUGCAUCAAACCGAUGCAAGGCGAGAGUCAGCCCACGAAAAAUAAAGGCAAGCGUGCCUACGGACAGUGAAGGGAUGAAGCUUUGGACUGCUGAAUCAUUUUAACACUUUUAAAAUUGUAAUAAACGUAAAAGAAAAAGGAACUUGAAAGGCGCGAAUAUCAACCUGAUAGAUGUGGGAUCACGAUGAUGUAUAUAAAGAUGUUGUGUACAGAAAUCAGGCUACUAAGGUCUUGUUAUAACCAGAGACCCACUGCUGUAUAUCACCUGAAGCUUCUGUGAAUUUGUUUCUUAUCUUAUUUUCAUCUCAAAAUGGAAGUGUGUUAAUAUAAAUGUCCUAAAGAACUGUGUGGCGACAUAGCCACAUAAUGUGUUUGUUUUUUUUUGUUUUUGUUUUCUUCCUUCCUUCCUUUGAUAUUUUCUAAUCUCAGUUGUGAAAGCAAUAGUCUCUAACUGGUCUACAUAUAAUACGUGUACUGUAUAUUGUGUGAAAUUGCACUGGGCGGGGAGGGGGACAAUUGUUAAGACAUAUUCUUAUAUUCGUCAUCAAAGAAAGCGCUGCCCGCCACGGGGGCGUGUACGAUUCUCGAUUUCCUCGUGAUAUAUUUACCUCAUAGUAGCUUCAUCGACUCUGUGGUCAACUCGGUGCUGACGGGGGGACAGUGGUUGGCUGGUGAUCGUAGUUCACAAAGAGUUUGCACUAAGCAUCAAUGAAUAAUUGUGGCAAUAAUGGGUGUUGUGCAAGCGGAGCUCUGUCUGGUAGCGUCUGAGUGUCGGCCGUUGGUUUUAUGCUUCUGAGAGACUCGCUCGUCACUUCUCUCUGUGUCGCACGCUGACAAAAUACUGGCAACUUAACAUACUGUGAAACAUACACGUGCUAAGCUAUAUUCUGUGCUGAGAAUGUUUUUAAACUAAACUGCGUGGAUUGUCAUAAAUCCAGAUAAGGGCAGCAAUAGCAGCUGUGCAAUUUAAUGCAAUCUAAUACGCCCCCAUUCAUCCAACCUGAUACCCCGGCAAUAAAUACCACCUCGUGAUGAUUGUAAUGUUGAGCUGUGUGACAUAGGUUCAGCUCUGUGGUCAUUUUGAGUCCAUGUGUUGUGAUGGUGCCGUAUUAGAUUGCAAUAGGUUGUAUGUGUGUCCAACACUCCUCUGUUUAGGUUGUUCUGUCAAACCAGUGUCACUAUAUUGAAAGCAAAAGUUCCACAACUGAACACAUCAGUCCUUACUCGUAUCUGAAUAAUGAAAGUAAUAAGUAGUCGCAGUCUUAAAUGGGCAUCAUUUCUCACCUUUUAUUGACAUUUGACAAAUUUGAAGGUUUCCUAACUAUAUCAGCACGGCUACAUAGAGAUGCUUACGAGCUUAAAAGAAAUACAAUGCACUUUUUGAUGUACUGUUUUUUUAUGACUGAUGAUGUUUUAGGCCUUUGUCAGGUACCAUGACACUUGUUUCUGAGCAUAACUUGAACUGCAUCCAUAAUGGCAGAAUAUAUGAGACGUCAGAUCGCAGCGCAAUGAUUUUCUGCUUCAGGUUUUUUCUUCAGCCCGUCUUGAAAUGAAUCAUUCGGGCUGUGACUGUGUCCAAACGAACCACAAACACCGACACACCGAGGUGCACGAGCCAAGUGAACAGAUCCAGCAUAUUCCAGAAGUGAUACUAGACUUGCGUAACAUCUAUCUGUCGCAAAAACCAGUUGCCAAAUUAUUCAAAGAGAGCGAUCAGAAUAAUGAUUAUGUUAUCGCAAGAUCAAAAUAAUACAAUAAUAGAUUAAUCAGCUGCUCUUAGGACUUUAGUGAGACAGAUGUUGUGAACACUCUACAGCAGCCGUGUCUUGAAAGUGUCAAGUGCCAUUAGCUUCUGCCCAAACAAGAAGAAAAAGAGAAAAGCCAAGCGACCAGUAACUACAGACAAUCCCCACAGGAGCAGACGCUAUGGAUUCACCGCAAUGUAAUGCAUAGAUAAUUAUAACCCAAUACAGUAGAGAAUACAGUUCCCACGAUACACUUCCCCUAAAAUGUAUAACUAGCUAAUCCGUCCCCAGUUGGGGAUGUGCCACCUUUGUACAGUAGCAAACCAAAGCAUAGUGUCGUCAAAUACUUUGACAUGAAACUGCAUUUUGAGCCAGUUGUUAACUUGACCGCUGUCGGACCUUAUUUAUUUACAGUAUUUCAUUAAUAGUGAUACCUUCACUCUGCUGAGAGUCCAGCUGUGCGUCCCUUCUUUUCGAGCAGCCUAUGAUGAUGAUGAUGAAGAUGAUGAUGAUAAUGUUCCUGUUGAGAGCGUUUAAUCCAUCUGUUCAUUCUGUGCUGGUUGUGUGAAGUGUUUGUCGUCAUGCUCUGGACAGAAACUUCUCCAUAGCAGACAAACGGACCUUUUUCCCUCCUCUGAUCAGAGUUCGGUCACGUCCCUCCUCCGUGCACUUUAAAGACUCAUGGCAGAUAAUUGUUUCACAACUUUCCCGUCGCCCAAAAAUUAAUGUAAGAAAAUAAAAAGGAAAAAUGCCAAAUUUAUUUCCAGACUUCUAAAAUGGUUUCGACUACAUCCAAUUAAUUCUAAUUGUCUCCUCAGCCGAAAUUCUCAAUAGAAAUGGAGCAAUUACGUUUCUGCUGUGGUUCCACCUUGGGGACAAGAGAGGUUUUAUUUCGGUGGCUGGCGGGGAGGGUCUGUCUAAACCUCCACAAAGGCGAUUUCAUGGGUGUCUGUAAUAGUUUCCUCACAGAGCGAUCACUGGGCUAUGCAAGGCAAAUAUGGCCACCUAUGUUCCUCGUGUUGUGGAGCAUCGGACUGACAUUUAGCUGUGCUUUGUUUACAACAUGAAACUACUGUACAGUGCUGUACACGGCAAAUGUAUUGUGCAUAUUUCCCUAUACUAUACUGUAGCUGCUGUGCAUUGAUAUAACAUUGAUCAUCUGUUUGAUUUGCCCGUUUAAUUCAUGUUUUCAUGAUGGAGUUGCGACUUUAACGCCAACUUAGAGCCCACCUGAAAAGCUGUGUGAUACAAAUCACUGUACUGAGCCGGACGGUAAUUACUCAAGUGAGAACAAGUCCAUUGUAUUUGUCUAAGUUGUGAUUUUUCUCUCAUUUAUUUAUUUUUUCCGGCAUCAUUCUGCCCCUCGAUGCUGAAACACACGCUGCGUGUGAUCGUCGAUUUCUGUUGUCAAAGCAGCGGGACAGGUAGCGAGUAAAGUCAUCGAGACCCUGUACCUCAAUUUUAUAUUUUGAAAAUUACACUGGGUUUGGAAGCGGGCCAUGGGUUCCUCCUGGGAAUCAGUGGCACAGAAAUAAAGUGACAUCACUGACUGGGUAUUAAAAAAAAAAUGUAGAUGAACGUACUGCAAUUGGGGAACACAUUCCUCGGAGGAGGAAGCUGCUUAUUGGCUGUUCCAUUUGUGGACUUAUCUUAUCUCCGUGCACUCGGAGAUGACGAGAUUUACAUAAAGCAUGGAGGAACCUCCCCGGCCGCUCUGGUCCGCGGCGUAUGAAGGACCCUGCUAGGUGUAUGUACCAUAGACAUGAUUACCCAGGAGGUUUACUCCCCUCCAAAACAUUAUGUUAGCAAUUGUGAUAUAUGAAUCAAGUUAAAAGGAAGCUUUGGUUCAUUUUAAUUAUGAAUUUACCCUACACGCAGAACGACAGGGUAACUGCGCACACACGCUCCAUGUGCUGGGAAGACGGGGGGGAGGGAGAAAAUAUGAAACAUGAACUAAGAAGCAAAAAGCCAACCACAGCUCGGUUUCACCGGACAGUAUCGUGUGCCAUUUUCUUGUAUUUUGUUUGUUGUGUUCAUGCUUGUACCCAUGUGUAAAUAUAAGCUUUUUGGAGUGAGUCAGAUCUAACGGUGCACUGAAUGUACAGUGACAAUAAAAAAAUCACAUGGUUUA